AUGGCGAUGCUACGCCUGGAAGCAAUUCUCGGGGAAGCCGGGGAAGUCGACGGCAACGUUGCUCCUGCCCCACUGAUUAAGACCGACGAGAAAGAGGAAGUCGUCAACGAGUACCGCCACUGGGGGGACACUGCCAAAUUCGUCAUUGAGUCCCUGCAGAAACCCGAUGUAUGGGCAGUCUUCGAGCACCCGCCGGCUAAUACCUACCACAAAGGACUCGUCUGCAUCAUGGGAGACGCUGCCCAUGCCGCCAUGUCCCAUAAAGGGGAUGGCUGGUACGGCACUCGAGGAUGCCUACGUCCUGGGUAG